AGUUAUAGUGAAAUAUUCAUUUGUAAAAGAAAAAUGAACAGUAUGAAUUUAAAAUUUGCUUCCAAUUUAUCUUUUAUGUUCAUUGAGGCACCAUCUAUCAUUGAUAGAUAUAAAUUGGCAAAAGAAGCUGGUUUUAAAGCAGUAGAAAGUGGAUUUCCUUUUGGUUUUUCUAUUGAAGAUGUAUCAAAAGCCAAAAAAAAUGCAGAUAUUGAACAAGUUCUUAUAAAUGUGUUUACAGGUGAUGUUUCUAAAGGAGAGUUAGGAUUUGCAGCAAUACCUGGAGAAGAAGAAAACUUCAAAAAAAGUAUUGAUUUAACAAUAGAAUAUGCAAAUGCUUUAAAUUGUAAACGAAUUCAUGUAAUGUCAGGCAAAGUAAAUCAAAUAACAAGUAUUAAUGAUGAUAUUUAUAUAAAAAAUCUUUUAUAUGCAGUAGAGAAAUUUCAAAAAGAGGGAAUAAUUGCACUUAUAGAACCUAUUAAUAAUAUUACUGUGCCAAAUUAUUAUAUGAAUAGUUUUCAAAAGGGCUUAGAUGUGAUAAAGAAAAUAAAUAAAUCAAAUUUAAAAUUACAACUUGAUAUUUUCCAUUUACAACACAUUUGUGGCAAUAUUACAAAAAACAUCAAGGAACUUUUACCAUAUAUAGGUCAUAUACAAAUUGCUCAAGUACCAGAUAGACAUGAACCUGAUACUUCUGGAGAAAUAGAUUACAAAUAUGUUCUUUCACUUCUAGAAAGAGAGGGAUAUAAUGAAUAUAUUGGUUUAGAAUAUUAUCCAAUGUCAUCUUCAAUAAAUGGAUUAAAUUGGAUACAAAGAUAUGGUUAUAAAUUAUAAUAUUCAUUUUAAAAAUAUAUAUUGAAAAUUUUUAUUUCUUAUUAUUAUAUGUAUAUGGAAAUGAUAAAUAUCUAUUUUUCAUAAUAAUUACAUAUAUUUUAUAUUACAAUUUUCUAUGUUUCUCAUAAUUUAAAUUUACUUUAUAUUAUAUCAUAUAUAUAUUAUAUUUACUAUAUAUAUAUAAAAAAUUUAAAAGUAAAUAAA